UUCCAACGAACUCAGAAAAAAAAAAAAGGGGAAGAAGACAGUGGUGACGUCAGCAUCAACAACACAGAAGCUAUGGCUAAUGACAAGAAUCCUCUUGGCCAGCUCAAGGACCUGGUGGAGUUGAAGGACCAGCUGGAGGACAUCCAGAGACGAAUGGAGGAUGAGAUACAGGCUGGGGUUCCUCCAGGAGGCAGUCUGCUCGCUUCUCCUUUCCUGAAAGGUUUUCUGGCCGGGUACGUCGUCGCCAGGCUACGCUCCUCGGCGUUGCUCGGUGUUGCCGUAGGAACAUGCACGGGAAUCUUUGCGGCACAAAGUUAUGCCGUUCCCAACAUAGAAAACACCGUCAAAGACUACAUCAACAACCUGAAAGCAGGACGCAAGUGAGAAGAGGAAAAGAAAAGAGAGGGGGAGGAUGACAGACAUCUACAAGAAGAGGGCACCAGUACAGCUACAGACGGGAACAGAUACGUAUUUCAAAAGUUAUUACAUUGUUACACAAAGAUGAGUAAAUAGGAAAAUUGUUGUCUGUCAGAUCAGCUUUUAGAGUAAGGUUAAAUAUAUAUCUAAAUCUUGUUCAUCUGAACUAUUGUUACAUGGGAGAUAUUUAAAAAAACUAUAAUGUAGUUGUUUUAAAUACACAGGAUCCACAUUUUUUUCAUUUAGUGGUCAAUGACUUAAAUUUAGACUAACUGAAAAGACUUGAAAUCAUUAUAGCUGCUGAUUCCUGAUCCCAAGUCGUACUUAAAACUACAAUAUGUCCUUAGCAAAGAUUCAUUAGAUCAACAAAUGGUCUCAUUAUGUGUCCAAUAGUGUUUUAAAGCCGUGUUUCUCAACCCUUUCUAGUCACGACCCACCGGUAUAAUCAGGCUGGUGGAUGAAGUCUAAAAUAUAUCAUUUUGUUUUGAAUAUAUGUUUUUUUCUCUCCAUAACCUUCUUUUAUAGCAGCUUUAAAUAAGAAUUACUUGAAGCUCUGGGGAUGAUCAACUUACAUCACAAGUGGAUCCUUUGUGUAGAAGCUGCCACAAACCUUCAUGUGGUUAUAGGUCAAUUUUUCUGUUGGUGAAUCAUUUCUAUUUUGAAUUGAAGCCCUCGUCUCUGGAGAUGUUCAUGAAUAAUCACUUUAGUUUACUUCCGAGACCUGUUGUUUUUAUAAUGGUAAAAAAGACUCCUCUUUCAAAAAAUUAAGUAUUCUCAUAAAUAUAAUAUUUCCGUUAAAAAAAAUGAAAUCAAGAGUUUGGGAGAUAGUUAGCAGAUCGUCAGAUGAAAAUAUAAACAUAAACAAAUGUAUGUAUCUUGUUGCACUUGGGAAUUUAAACCAAACCUGGAAGUGUGUGUGUUUAAGUACUUUAUGUAAAACAUAUAUCAACAGUGCCUACGCUGUGUGGACUUGAUAUGAAUAUCUCAUGCCAUGUGUGCAAUAGCCUCUUCCUGCCGGGUUUUGGCUGCCUAUUUCAUAUGCUGGAGACUGAUUAUUUUGCACUUCUGAAAUGUUAGGAUUUAAAGCUGUUUCGUUAUUGUACAGAAAUCACUGAUUGAACCAUGAAAAGAAAAUCAGCAAAAUAUUGACUAUUCAAUUUAUCUAAAAAUGUGGUUUCUGUGUCACGUGUUGGUGUAAAGUACUUUCUGCAAGGUUUUGUUUUUCUUUUAGCGGAAGAGAAAUUUUAACUAUAAAAUUGAUACACAUUCAUAUGAAUUAAUAAAUGUCCUUUACCAAGCUGUUAGGACACUAAUCUGAAACCUAAUGCACAGAAAAACGCCUGAACUGUAGCAAAUUUAAUAAUAAUUGAAUAAUUAAAGUCUGUCUUGUCUUGUAGGAAAUCAAAAAUCAUGUUUUAUUUGUAAAGAGAGAGUUGAAUUUGUUUGGUUUCAGGGAGUUCGCUCUAUUUAUGAUGUGAAUGUGUUUUUCUCCACCUUUCAUUUUCAACUCUGUUAUUUGAGAUACAAGUAUUUCGUUGUAAAUGAGGCCAUAUUCUCCCAAAAAUAUUUAUACAUGUAAACCUCAGAGUAUAUACAGAUUUAAGAAAAUAAAAGCUUGUCUACGCAUCUUAACACAUUAUACAAUGAAUUCUUAUCAAAGCAAAGAAAUAUACAUAAAUAGAUAUAAAAGAUAAAUAUUUUGCACUAAGAUGGAUUUUACCUUUUACAUGACAUUAGUUUACGGAGGUACUGUGUAUUGUUGCCAUUGACAUUAACGCACAUUGCUGAUCUGCACAGUCUCACCUGUGGUAAGUUUUAGCCAAAAAGCCAUAGAUGAGAAGCCGAGUUCAGUCUGAGGUUUUGUUCACUUUAGUUUUUACUUUAACUGGAAAGCGUGAUGGAAAAUAUACAUAUAUAUGUUCGGUAACUGGAACACAUAAACAACUUGUGCCUAUUGACAAUCAUUGUGUUGUUGUCCUUAUAUUGCAUGCUCUUAUUUUUUGUAUUUCCUGUUCAUCAUGUGUUUGCUUGUUUUCUCUUGUUCUUUAUUCAAUAUCUUACUUUAAGCCUUUGUAUGCUGUGGAGUCAGAGGCAGACGGGUCAGUUGAUGGUCUUUAUUUCACUGUUUUAUCGAAAGAUUUUCACUCCUGCACGUCAACGCAGAAGUUUUCAACUUAACAGUGUGAAACUCCAUCACAACUUUGUAAAAGAAAAGUAGUGAAACUGUCUUUUAUAAGGUGUAUUUGUGUUCUUCGAAUAAAACGGGAAAAUACAGUUUA